AUGAAGAGGAGAAGGAGGAAGAGGAGAGAGGAGCUGAGAGAAGAGGAAGAGGAGAAGGAGGAGACUGAUGAGGAGGAGGAGGAGGAGACUGAUGAGGAGGAGGAGGAGGAGACUGAUGAGGAGGAGGAGGAGGAGACUGAUGAGGAGGAGGAGGAUGAUAAGGAAGAAGAGAAGGAGGAGGCUGAUGAGGAGGAGGAGGAGGAGGAGACUGAUGAGGAGGAGGAGGAGGAGACUGAUGAGGAGGAGGAGGAGGAGACUGAUGAGGAGGAGGAGGAUGAUAAGGAAGAAGAGAAGGAGGAGGCUGAUGAGGAGGAGGAGGAGGAGACUGAUGAGGAGGAGAAGGAGGAGACUGAUGAGGAGGAGAAGGAGGAGACUGAUGAGGAGGAGAAGGAGGAGACUGAUGAGGAGGAGAAGGAGGAGACUGAUGAGGAGGAGGAGGAUGAUAAGGAAGAAGAGAAGGAGGAGGCUGAUGAGGAGGAGGAGACUGAUGAGGAGGAGGAGGAGGAGACUGAUGAGGAGGAGAAGGAGGAGACUGAUGAGGAGGAGAAGGAGGAGACUGAUGAGGAGGAGAAGGAGGAGACUGAUGAGGAGGAGGAGGAUGAUAAGGAAGAAGAGAAGGAGGAGGCUGAUGGGGGCGGAGCCUGUGCAUGUGUGCCUGACUCUGAGUUAGCAUGA